AUGGCGUCUCCUGGAGUAGUAUGUUUCGUCGGUCUCGACGAGCUGAGCCUGGAAAUGGCUGCGCUACUCGUCAAGUCGGGAUACCGGAUCAAGGCGUUCCAGGUGACAGAUCUCCUGCUCACUCGUCUCAAUUUGCGUUGUCCUUUCGUUUUCUGGGAAUCACAUUGAUCAGGACCACUCCUCGGGAGUUUAGUCGUUCUUGCCUCACAGCUAGAGAGAUGAAGUUGAGACAUGAGUGUUGCGUGCGGCUUGUCUCCUCUGUCCACGUUUCCCGCGUUCAUGUGCUCGUUUUUAACAGUAAUAUGAUUGAGUUUGUCCGCAGGCUGCUCAUUGUGCCUUGAUGGAUCAGUUCCUGGAAGUGGGAGGUUCAAAAUGUGAUAUCAUAGGGGAGGCCGGAAAAGGUUGAUCGAUAUGUUUAUUCCUGUUUUACUCUCUUCGUCUCUUUACACUAUCUUAAAGUUUACUACUGCAAUUCACUUUUUUUUUUUGAACGCACACUGGCAUCUUUCUGCACUUUUUCUAGUAGGAUUUCGAAUAGGUGCCUUAUGGUUGCAUCACGUACGUUCAUGCGGCAUUUUGUCUUUAUCUGGCGUUGAUUUAUACAUUUGUGCAGCUUCUCCAACUGCUUGAGGCUUGAAAUUACUCAUUCAAAGAUCUCUAUUAUUACCAAGUCUAAAUGAAUUGUUCUCGUAUUACUUUUCCCUUGCUUCAGAUGUGACAGCAUUGAUUGUGACUGCUACUGGUGAAGUAUAUGAUGAAUUGAUCGCCGCAAAACAGGGUAUGCCUAAAUGCCAGUACAGCAUAUUCUUGUGGCUCGUUUAGUCGUGUCGUUAUGCUCCCAUAAUCGAAAAGGAUGUUCAAAUAUUCUGUAGGACUAUGCAAAGGUACAGUUAUCGUCAUAAGGUCAACAGUACCGCUCAAACAUGCCCAGACAUUAGAGAAGCAUUUUAA